AUGCCCCACGUAAAUCAGCACCUAAAAGACGUUUACGACGUAAAUAGCUUUAAUGCUAAGCUGAUUCCUAAAACACUUACAAAAACAACCGCCAAAACGAUACCCUCCAGGAGCUCAGCACCGCCAUGGAAUCGUCCUGGCCAUCAAACGCCGAACGACUCACCCGCCUCCAAUCAGCGUCAGCAACAAAAACGGCCGAUCGCCGGUGAUGAAAGUCGCCGCAGCGCCAUUUCAGCUGCCGUCGUCAUCGUCUGCCCUAGUCAAUCAGCAGUGAAGAUGACCAACAACACCACCAACACAACCACCACCACCAGCAGCAACAGCAAAUCGCCACCUUGCCGAGUGAGUUGUUUGCGAUUUCAGCACCGCAAAAUGUCACUCCUGUGGCUGCUGCUGAUGAUAUGUGCCUUUGCGGGGGACAGUGGGGGUGGGCGGGGCGUCUCGGGGGAACACGUGCGGGAACUGGAAGUGUCCGAGGGUGUUCCGAUUGGGCACCAGAUCGGGUUUAUCGGGGAGUUUCUGCACGGGGUGGACAGUGGACCGCCAUAUUUGAUAGUGCCGGUUCCGGGAAGUGCCGUCGAUACGGAUCUAGCGAUUGACCAUACGACCGGGGAGAUCCGGACCAAAGUGUUGUUGGACCGGGAGAAGAGGGCACUGUACUCGUUGGUGGCAAUCCCGUUGAGUGGGGAGAAUGUGAGGGUAGUGAUUCGGGUGCUGGAUGAGAAUGAUAACGCGCCCAGUUUCCCGACGGCACUGAUGAACAUCGAGUUCCCGGAGAAUACGCCGAGAGACGUGAAGAGAACGUUGAAUCCGGCUCGAGAUCUGGAUCUGAGCCGGUACAAUACCCAGCGAUAUAACAUUGUGUCGGGGAAUGUGAACAACGCAUUUCGGUUAUCGUCCCAUCGGGAGCGGGACGGAGUGUUGUACCUGGAUCUGCAGAUUAACGGAUUCCUGGAUCGGGAAACCACACCAGCUUAUAGUCUCGUUGUAGAGGCACUGGAUGGAGGAAAUCCGCCGCUUCGGGGUCUGAUGACGGUUAACAUUACGAUUCAGGAUGUGAACGAUAACCAGCCGAUUUUCAAUCAGAGUCGGUACUUUGCAACGGUGCCGGAGAAUGCCACAAUUGGGACGACGGUGCUUCAGGUCUAUGCAACCGAUCAGGAUGCCGGCGAUAAUGGGCUGGUGGAGUACGCGAUCAAUCGGCGGCAAAGUGACAAGGAU